AUGAAGUCCGUGCUGUUUUUGGCCCCCUUGGCGCAGGCUGGCACUGUCGUCUGGAACGGCUUCUUCAACGAGUCCUACACGCUGGACACGCUGGAUCAGUGGUCAUGGAGCAACCAGAUCGAGCCGUACCAGUGGUAUAUCCACGGGUCUGGCGCAACCACCGACUAUCUCGCCCUGUCGCCGGAGUAUAAGAACCCAGCCGACAAAGCGGACGCAAAGGGCAUUCGCAUCUCCAUCGACUCCACCUCCUCGUGGAACGGCCAGACCAUGAUGCGCUCCGAACUCAUCCCCCAGACGAAAGCGGACCUCGGCUCGGGCACCCUCUACUACCACUUCUCCCUGCAGACGCGGGAGGAGAACGCCCCGGACGCAUCGCUGGAGCACCAGAUUGCCUUUUUCGAGAGCCAUUUCACCGAGCUCAAAUUCGGCGGCAGCCAGUCCACCCUGAACUGGAUGGCGAAUAGCCAGUCGCACUGGUCUGCGCCGCUGCAGGCGGGCACCUGGUACAACUUUGCGUACGAGAUCGAUUUUGACGCGCAGACGGUUGGGCUGUGGGCGAGCAACGGGUCUGCGCCGCUGACUCGGGCCGUGGAGCCGGUCAGCGCGUCGACGCAGACCAACUCGCAGGACUGGCAUAUUGGCGAGCUGCGGCUGGAUAACGGGCAGAGCGGGCCGAAGGAGGAUUGGUACUGGUCGGGGAUUUAUGUUGAGAAGGGGGAGAUCACGACUGAUGUUGGGGGGCCGGCUUGA